UGACGUCAUCAAGUCAGCUGCUGUUCCAAUUGCGGAAAUGACCGUUCUCCGUUCUCCCGAACAUGCGAGUCAGGACUCCCGAGUCUAUUCGUCCGUUCUCGCCGUCGCAGGUAUUGAGAAAGGGCCUAAGUCUAUCAUGAGCGGCCAGCUAGUAUUUUUCAUGGUUACAGUAACCCUGAUUGGCGUGCACGUGCUGCAAGCCCUCCCACACUCCCCUUUACAGCCACGGAAACAUGAUGGAUUCCAAACAGAAGAGCAGUUCAGCGAGAUGUAUUUUACUCAGACUGUGGACCACUUCAACUUCAACAGCAUGGGCAACGGAACGUUCAGUCAGCGAUACCUGAUCACAGAGAAGUACUGGAUGGAAGGCUAUGGUCCUAUAUUCUUCUACACUGGCAAUGAGGGGGACAUCUGGGAGUUUGCCUCCAACACAGGAUUCAUCGCAGAGUUGGCUGGCCAGCUCCGAGCCUUGGUCAUUUUUGCUGAACAUAGGUACUAUGGAAAGUCGCUGCCGUUCGGCACAGACUCGUUUGACGUGCCUCAGAUCGGCCUGCUGACUGUGGAGCAGGCCCUCGCCGACUACGCUGUCAUGAUCAGGGAGCUGAAGCAGCGGCUGGGUGCUGCAGACUGUCCCGUCAUUGUGUUUGGUGGCAGUUAUGGUGGAAUGCUAUCAGUCUACAUGAGACUCAAGUAUCCAAACCUUGUGGCUGGAGCUCUGGCUGCCAGUGCCCCUGUGCUGUCCACUGCAGGUCUUGGAGACUCCGCCCAGUUCUUCAGAGAUGUUACGGCUGAUUUUGAGAGCGUUGCCUGUGAAUGCAGAGAUGCUGUGAGAGGAGCAUUCCAUCAGCUAACAGAAUUAGCCCAACACCAAGAAUACAGUCGCAUCCAGACACAGUUCCACUUGUGCAAGCCUCCAUCAUCCACUGAGGAUAUCCACCAGUUGAACGGGAUGCUGAGGAACGCUUUCACUCUGAUGGCCAUGUUGGAUUACCCCUACAGCACUCACUUCAUGGGGAACAUGCCCGCCAACCCAGUCAAGGUGGCCUGUGAGAUCAUGCUAAGUGGACCUGAUCUGCUCGGCAGCCUCAGGAACACUGCAGGGAUUGUUUACAACUCUACCGGGCUGCUGCCCUGUUUUGAACUGUACAGUCUUUUUGUGGAGUGUGCUGAUCCCACCGGCUGUGGGCUGGGGCCAGACAGCCUAGCCUGGGACUAUCAGGCGUGCACAGAGAUUGAUCUGUGCUAUGAGAGCAACAAUGUGACAGACAUGUUCCCUCCCAUGGCCUUCACCCAGAGAGACCGCCAGCUCUACUGUGCCAAACGCUGGGCUGUGGUUCCCCGACCAGACUGGUUAAAAACCCAGUUCUGGGGAGACGCCCUCUCCACCGCCAGCAACAUUAUCUUCUCAAAUGGGGAUUUAGACCCAUGGGCCAACGGAGGGGUGCGCAAGUCCUUGAGCUCCUCAUUGAUAGCUCUCAACAUUUCUGGUGGAGCCCAUCAUCUGGAUCUGAGAGGUUCUAAUGAUGCUGACCCAGCGUCGGUAAUCAGUGUCAGGAAGACGGAAGCAGACCUCAUCACACAAUGGUCUGUCUUCACAGGUGUGGUGAGUUGCUGCUGAAGAUGCGGGCGUGGCCAGCUGUUUCUCCAGCCAAUCCAGCGCAGCUCUGCUCUAUAAAAUGUUUAGUUUGUGAGAGCUUGGAGAAGGUUGUGUUGGGAGACAGAUUGAAAGAGACUUCAAAAUAUAUAUAUGGUUUAUGGUAUAUGUUGUUCGUUCAGAGUGUGGUCUAUUGUACACCCAGGUCUGUGUUUCAUGUACUUACCAAGAGCGCUGUGGAUCAGGGCUAGGUAGGAUACCCUGGGCCCGGUUUUUCAAAAGUAAUCCGUUAGGAUUUUGGAUUACGGAUUGGAUCAAAUCUUGAAAAUGGGUUUUUCAAAGGAAAAAAACGGAUUAGAUAAUCGGAUUAGAUCACAUAAUCCAAUUUUGGUUUUAAACUGGAUCAAACCUUUGGUUUGGGUUUUUCUGAAUUUUUUUGUAGGAUUUGGAUUACUUUGAUCCAAAAAAUCUGGAUUAAACUGAUCCCAUCAGAAGGGUGGAUUCAGCGUGGAUUUCAUGCCCAAAAUGUAAUAAACUUUAAAAAUGUAUCAAAUAAUAUCUGCAGUUCUCCUCAAAGCACAAUUUGCACAACUUGGUGAGGAAACCGCUCCAAACCGAUGUACCUUCAUCCUAUAUUCCUGUGGAGAUGUGAGUAAUGUCACGAUCAGGCCACCAGAGGAAGCGGAGAAAGUCUAUGUGUUUAUCGGAGACAUAAUCUUGAUGAAACAUCGCUUGGAUGUCAGCCGUUAUUGCUACGGGCUCUUGCCUAAAACGAACGAGUACUCCUAUGAGUUUGUUAGUAAGAUCAGGGCCCUGCAAGAGCUGGCAGUUCAGUGGUACGUUGCUUCACAAUCGCAAACAACUCUGUUUGCCUUUUCUGGGAUUCUCUACUCCUUGAUGAGGGAUAUACCACAACUUUCCAUCCCGUCGAUCAAGUUGAUUAGCAGGUACUCUCUCAGCAUAUCCUCGAGUUAUAUUUGUUAGAAAAGCAGUGUAUUCUUCCUUAAACGGGACAUUCUUGAAAAAUUUUCUUUCCAGACUUCGAAGGCUCUGCACUGUGACACAGCGAUUGUUAGGCAGGACAGCAUUUUCCCUUUUGAAAGGUAAGUUCAUGCAGUAAUGGUUUCCAGUUAACACUGUUGUGGUGUUCAUAAUAUUUAUGAACUGUAGGUCUUCUCAUUUCCAUCUGAUGAUCCUCUGAUGAUCUCUCGUUAAAGUCAUGGUUAUAUUGUUCAACCAGCAUUCCUUGCAGAUGUUCCACAGUGAUUCGGUUGGCUGUUACAGCACUGCGGCCAGUCUUACACCUGCUUCUGCCACGAAGUGGACCAUUAAUGACCCAACCAACUCUGGUUCUUACAGCAUAAGGUCCUUCGUCCUGACUGUUAAUUAGCUCCCAAGGCUCCAUCACCUUUGAAUCAUCUGUACCAAUUAGUAGCUCAACAUUUUCAUCAAUAUCGUGUAGCUUAACAUCCUUCAGAUAAGACCGAUGUACAAGAUGCUCCUGUCGCGGAACAUUGAGUGUAGACACAGGCAUGGCCUUUUGAGUUAAAACAUCAGGUAACUCAAUGAAGUCAUUUGUACCCAUACUGGACACUUCAAGACCUGACAAUCUUUUUCUGAUUCAUUGUUCUCAACAAAUGUUCCCCUCAAAUUAAAGCUGAAAGUCUGCACUUAAAGCACGUGCACGUGCUGAGUGAGUGGUGCGUAACCCACUAUGUCACGUGAGGCAGUGAGCGCUUUUUCAGCCGCGGCCACAGCGCGCAAACAUUGUGGCAGUCCUGCAGCGACAGGGUAGAGUUUUGCGGAGAAAUACGCACAACCGGGCGGGGUUUAUCACCAUGGGGUUGUAGCAGCACAGAAGUCAUGCAGCCCUGUCUUUCAACUACUGUUUGAGUAAAUGGCUUGUGUGAAGGCCGCAAGACCCUCUUCAGUCCAGAUUAUUUUGUCGUGUGCUGUAAGAUUUUUUCCAUGGAUUAGAUUUGAUAACGGUUGUUCCAUUUGUGAGAAGUUUGGUAUAAAUGAUCGACAGUAUGAGCACACGCCCAAAAAGGACAUCAUCUGUUUUUUGGUGUUGGGUUUCGGUAUCGAUACAAACGCUGACGAUUCUUUUUGGAGAGAGGGUUUUUCGUUCUCCAGAUAUGUCAUGACCCAGGAAACGUACAUUUUGAGACACAAAUUGCAAUUUAGAAAGGCUGGCCUUGUGGCCUUCCUUCGCUAAAUGUUUGAGUAGUUUAAGUAUGUCUGUCUGACACUGCGUCUGAGUAGGAGCUGCAAUUAAACAGUCGUCAACAUACUGCCGAAGUACAGAGCCGGGAGAGAUCGUUAAGCUCUCCAAGCUUUCUCUGAGCGCAUCAAUUGUAGAUUGUGGGUGAUUCGGUAUAGCCUUGACACAAACUAGUGAAGAUGUAUGGCUUACCGUUGAAGUUGAAUGCAAACCAAAAUUGACUGUCUUUGUCGACUGGCACGCUGAAAAAAGCAUUUGACAGGUCAACAACAGAAAACCAUUUAGCUUCAUGCUGAGUUAAUUAAUAUACAUUCUAAAGUGCAAUGUCCUUAUGUGAAGAGAUGUAUGUAUACGUUUAUGAUAGUAAAUAUGGUGUGGAAAUGUCCCUUAUGUAGUUUGUCAAUUGGAACUAUAUUAGGCAGUAAUAACAGCUAAGGUAAUUACAGGUGGAUAUUUCUGUAAAUUUACCUUGAUUUAGACUGCAUCUAUAAGAUAAACAGGACAAGAAAAAUGCACUAGAUGUAAAUUGUAUAUGUGUUGAAUCAAUUAUACAGACGCAAUCUGGAGAACGAGACAA